AUGUCCGACCAGAUUCAGCUCACCAACCACAAACAGUACGAUGUGAUAGUUGUUGGCGCCGGGCUCAGCGGUCUUCAAACAGCUGUCAAGGUCCAACAUGCAGGUUUCUCCGUUAUUGUUCUGGAGGCUCUUGAUCGUGUGGGCGGCAAGACGCUGUCGGUGCAAUCCUCUAGCCAGGGCAAAGGCGUCAAUGACCUUGGCGCUGCCUGGAUCAACGAUAGCAGUCAAUCCGAGAUCUACAAGUUAUUCCUCGAGGCUGGCCUGAAACCUGAAAAGCAAUUGGAUGAGGGCAACACCCUUCGGCAGAUUGAAGACGGCAGCUAUAUCUCUGUUCCUUUCGGUCAACUCUUCGUUGACGAAGAAGAAGCCGCAGCCUUUGCUGUCCUCUUUGGCGCUCUGCGAAAAGUGACUGAUGCUUCCAACCUGGAAGAUCCCAUCACCGGGCCCGACGCCAAACGGCUCGACAGCCUGACUUUUGCAGAGUACUGCAAAGAGCUCCUGGAGUCUCCUUCGACACCCAUCAUCGCUACCUACCUGGCGCGUGCUCUCCUAGGGGUGGAAGGUGACGAGGUCAGCGCGCUGUUCAUGAUCAACUACUUCAAGAGCGGAACCGGAAUUCUCAACCUCGUCUCUGAUGGCCCCGACGGUGGCCAAUAUCUCCGCGCCAACAAAGGCAUGCAGACAAUCUCCAAAUAUCUCGCCGCCCAGCUGCCCUCCGGGUCCAUCCACCUCACCAGCGUUGUCAAAUCCGUUAGCCAGUCUGCGGCCGGUGUGGAAGUUGUCACGACCGCCAACAAGACAUUCAGGGCCGCGCGCGCGGUGGUCUCUCUGCCAAGCGCUCUAUACCCGACCAUUUCCUUCUCCCCCGCGCUGCCGCCAUCCAAAUCCAUCCUGUCAGAGGGUACAGCCAUCGGCGCGUACGGCAAGAUCAUAUAUGUCUGGGCUAUUCCAUGGUGGCGUGAGGCCGGGCUCUCUGGGACAUUUGAGGCACCGCUUUCUGGGCAUGUCUCUUUUACGAGGGAGACUUCCGUGCCGGAGGACAACCAGUGGUCCAUCACUUGCUUCAUCGUGGGUGAUCCUGCAAGGGAGCUGUCCAAGUACGCCCAAAAGGUCAGGAGGGAGAAGGUUUGGGCGCAGUUUAAGCAGGUGUUUGAGGGGUCGGGGGUGUUGAAAGGGGCGAAGGUGCCGGAGCCGAUUCAGGUGCAUGAGAUUGCCUGGAAGAGGAACCAGUAUGCGGAUGGCGCGCCGACUGCAGUGAUGGGUCCGGGGGUGUUGACUGUGUUAGGGGAGGUGACGGUCAAUCCGCUGAGGGAGCCGUGGCGGAGGGUACACUUUGUGGGCACGGAGACCAGUUUGGUUUGGAAGGGGUAUAUGGAUGGGGCUGUCAGGAGCGGGAUCCGAGGCGGUGAGGAGGUGGUGAAGGCGUUGCGGGAGGAGGGGAGGUGA